UCUGGCUGCUGUCUGACGGACGGCCGGCUCGCCCAAUCAGCAGCGCGAUGCUUCUGUCGUGUUCCAAUGAGGCGUUUGGGAGGGCGGGCGAAUCCCCUGCGGCGGAUUUCCUGCUGCUGUUCCUCCGCUGCUCCCUCAGUGCCCGGCUCUCACUUACUCGCUGAUUUAUUAUCAGGCGGGGCCCCGCUGCCGGAGAGAGCUGCACUUCCCCGUGUGUCCCCGGACAGGACGCCGCCGCCGCCCUCCUUCCACAGCGCAGCAGCCGCCCGCACAGCAGCUCGGCAGCAGAGUGAGCGCACACAGCAGAGAAGAUGCCGGCCGUGUCGAAGGGGGACGGGAUGCGGGGACUGGCCGUGUUCAUCUCCGACAUCAGGAACUGUAAAAGUAAAGAAGCGGAAAUUAAAAGAAUCAACAAGGAACUUGCCAAUAUCAGGUCAAAAUUUAAGGGAGACAAAGCCCUGGAUGGCUACAGUAAGAAGAAAUAUGUGUGUAAGCUGCUCUUCAUCUUCUUGCUGGGACAUGACAUAGACUUUGGGCAUAUGGAAGCGGUCAACUUGCUGAGCUCCAACAAGUACACAGAGAAGCAGAUCGGCUAUCUUUUUAUCUCCGUUCUGGUGAAUUCCAACAGUGAACUCAUUCGCCUUAUUAACAACGCAAUAAAGAAUGACCUGGCUAGCCGCAACCCCACCUUCAUGUGCCUGGCCCUGCAUUGCAUCGCUAACGUUGGCAGCAGAGAAAUGGCCGAAGCUUUCGCAUCUGAGAUCCCCAGAAUCCUUGUUGCAGGAGACACAAUGGAUAGUGUGAAGCAGAGUGCUGCGCUGUGCCUGCUACGACUGUACAAAACCUCACCUGACCUUGUGCCAAUGGGUGAAUGGACGUCAAGAGUGGUUCAUCUCCUUAACGACCAGCACAUGGGAGUGGUGACUGCAGCUGUCAGCCUCAUUACCUGCCUGUGUAGGAAGAAUCCAGAUGACUUUAAAACAUGCGUGUCUCUGGCCGUCUCCAGACUCAGCAGGAUUGUUUCUUCAGCUUCAACUGACCUGCAGGAUUACACCUAUUACUUUGUCCCAGCACCCUGGCUUUCUGUAAAACUGUUACGUCUUCUUCAGUGUUACCCUCCUCCAGAGGAUGCUGCCGUAAAGGGGCGGCUAGUGGAAUGCCUGGAGACCAUCCUGAACAAAGCACAGGAGCCCCCAAAAUCAAAGAAAGUGCAGCAUUCCAAUGCAAAGAACGCCAUACUAUUUGAGGCCAUCAGUCUCAUUAUCCAUUAUGAUAGUGAGCCUAACCUGCUGGUUAGAGCCUGUAAUCAGCUGGGCCAGUUUCUUCAGCACCGAGAGACCAAUCUGCGGUAUUUAGCUUUGGAGAGUAUGUGCACUCUGGCCAGCUCUGAAUUCUCACACGAGGCUGUGAAAACCCACAUUGAAACAGUCAUCAAUGCCUUAAAGACUGAGCGAGAUGUCAGUGUGAGGCAGCGGGCGGCAGAUCUUCUGUAUGCCAUGUGCGACCGUACCAACUCUAAGCAGAUUGUCUCUGAAAUGUUGAGCUACCUGGAGACCGCAGACUACUCCAUCCGGGAGGAAAUUGUCCUGAAAGUAGCCGUCCUAGCGGAGAAGUAUGCUGUGGAUUAUAGCUGGUACGUGGACACGAUUCUGAACCUGAUUAGAAUAGCUGGGGAUUACGUCAGUGAGGAGGUCUGGUACCGCGUCAUCCAGAUUGUCAUUAACCGGGAUGAUGUACAAGGCUAUGCCGCUAAAACUGUGUUUGAGGCUCUGCAGGCUCCUGCAUGUCACGAGAACAUGGUGAAAGUUGGAGGUUACAUCCUGGGUGAAUUUGGUAACCUCAUUGCUGGAGAUCCCAGGUCGAGCCCCUUGGUGCAGUUCAACCUCCUGCACUCCAAGUUCCACUUGUGCAGCGUGUCAACCCGAGCCCUCCUUCUCUCCACCUACAUCAAGUUCAUUAACCUGUUCCCAGAAACCAAGCCCACCAUCCAAGACGUGCUGCGCUCCGAUAGCCAGAUCAGAAACGCAGAUGUGGAGCUCCAGCAGAGGGCAGUCGAGUACCUGAAGCUCAGCUCCAUUGCAAGCACAGAUGUCCUUGCAACAGUUCUGGAGGAGAUGCCCCCUUUCCCUGAAAGAGAGUCCUCUAUCCUGGCCAAACUAAAGAAGAAGAAGGGACCAGGUGCCGUCAGCGAGUUGGAAGAAGGGAAAAAGGAUCAAAACUCUGAAAUGAAUGGUGGAGUGGAACCAUCACAGAGCACCGCAUCUACUCCUUCACCAUCUGCUGAUCUCCUUGGCUUAAGGAGUGCCCCCAUUACGGGGUCGGCCGCACCAGGUGCUGGCAGUCUACUGGUGGAUGUGUUUUCAGAUGCGUCUUCCGCCGCUGCGUCAGUAGCUCCUGGUGCUGACGAAAACUUUCUAAGCUCUGGCUCUGCUGCUUCCGAGGACCCCGCUUUACCUAUCGCUGAGGCUGAUGAGCUCCUAAACAAGUUUGUCUGCAAGAAUAACGGGGUCCUGUUUGAGAACCAGCUUUUGCAGAUUGGCGUGAAGUCAGAAUUCCGACAGAACCUAGGGCGUAUGUAUUUGUUUUAUGGUAACAAAACCUCAGUGCAGUUCCAGAGUUUCACUCCGACAGUGUCCUACCCAGGGGACCUGCAGAAUGAGCUUAACAUUCAGACCAAGCCCGUUGACCCUGUGGUGGAAGGAGGAGCCCAGGUUCAGCAGGUUCUAAACAUUGAGUGCUUAUCCGACUUUCAUGAAGCUCCACUCAUUAAUAUUAAAUUCAGGUAUGGAGGAACUUUACAGAACCUCACCUUGAAAUUGCCAAUCACCAUCAACAAGUUCUUCCAAGCUACUGAGAUGCCGUCCCAGGACUUCUUCCAGCGCUGGAAACAGCUAAGCCUGCCACAGCAAGAAGCACAGAAAAUUUUUAAAGCCAACCAUCCGAUGGAUUCCGAAGUGACAAAAGCAAAGUUACUGGGCUUCGGGACCGCACUGCUUGAAAAUGUGGAUCCUAAUCCAGACAAUUAUAUCAGUGCUGGCAUCAUCCAAACCAAGUCUGUACAGGUCGGAUGUCUGUUACGCCUAGAGCCCAACGGCCAAGCUCAGAUGUACCGGCUUACGCUAAGGACCAGCAAAGAAUCCGUUUCCAAGCACCUAUGUGAGCUCUUAUCAAAGCAGUUUUAAGCCAACAAGGAUGUGAUCGCCAAAGACAGUAAAACUGGCAAACAAACACUACGCAGAGGGUUUACCAUGCAUCCCGAAAAACGUGUUUGUGUGCAUGUUAACGGCCGGGGUUCCAUCUCCCCGUCUGUACAGAUUGUCUUUAUUUUGUGUGUAUGUGCGUGUGUGCUCCACAUCCAGUAAAGUCCCAGAGACUUAGAACUUGUACAAACAAGACAAAGACAAGGCUAACUUUUAAUAUUCUUAUUGUCUUAAGGUGUGUUGUUCGUUCUACUAGAUUUUGUCAUUCUUGCUGUGACUAUACAAUUUACUCACCUGAAAGGGCUGCAUGAAGCAGAGGUACCCUGCAGUGUCGGGCAGGUGCCACCUCCCUCCAUGAUACCUCCGGCUGCGGAUUCGGGAUCAGACGUCUGCAUGCUGGCCCAAAGUCAUAUCACUUGCUGAACGGUGGAAAUGCUGCUUAUCGGAAGGACACAUAGACAAUUAAAAAACCGGAAAAGGUUUUCACAAUCUGGUUAUGUGAAGUGGAAACAAAAGCAGUAGUCAUUUGUAUUCUUACUUUUAGUAUUCUCUUUGCAUGUGCUCUCUUUUGUGUCCUUUAACGCCUCUACCACUAGGGGCACCAUCUAUUGCUCGGGUGAUAGUUACAUGCAUAUUGGCACCUAUGGUAUUAUUGAGCUUUGAUGAAGAACAAUGUAAAGAAGGUAGGUGAAUAGCUUCUUUCCUCAAUGUUAAGUCUGAAGCAUUUUCUAGAUCGUCCAAUGGUAAUAUUGUACAGCUUACUUUUAAAAAUAACGUCAACAAAUUGACCGGGUGUAAUGGAUAUUAUACGUCUCCUAUAAUCGGUUCUCACAUACAUUUAUACGGUAAAAUCACGCUUAUACAGGGCCUUUUUUUCUUUUUGGUCUAUUACGUCUUAUUGUACCAGUGAGCAAGUAUUUCGAAGUCCGUCACAGAGACAAUUGCAGUGGUGCAAGGUGGCUCUUGCGGUUGCAUCGCAGCUUAUAUUAUCAGAUGUCUGACUGUAGCUGCUUAGAUGUACCUGAUGUUGUGUCCCUGUUAGUGUCUCUUUUUUUUUAUUUUUUAGUUUUGUCCCCCUAUACAUUCCAUACCUCAUUAGUGUAUCCAGUGGUUUCACACUGACCUUGUACAGUCAUUCCGUGGGUGCACUUUUAUGUCUACAAACUCAAUAUGUUUGCCAAAGCUCUUAAUGCCUCAUCCCGGCCUUUAAACACUAGAAUAUUUGUGCCACUUGUCUGUAUAAAGCACUAGCCCAAGAACAUAAAGACAAAUGAAGGCUCAAUAGCCUACUCUUAUACCCACGAACACAAAUGUGUUACCUUUUGGUAUAAAUGUUCUGUCCAUCCCAUAAACUCAGUACUUAGUUGCUGCAGGUUAUCUCUUUAACUCUCCUUAAAAUUACUGAACCUGCCUUGCAAUGUCAUACUUAUACAUUUUAUCAUUCAAGCUGUAUGGUCUAUUAUUGCAGUUUUUCUUGUUUUGUGUUUUUCAUCUUUUUGGGUUUUUGUUUUUCAUGGUAGGUAAUUUACCUGCCAGUGUACAUAGAUAUAUAUAUAAAUAUAUAAAAUAUUAUAUAAAUGUUAAUACGUAAUCAAGAGGUACAUAAGUACAUCUAUGAUACAGCCCUGCACUCUAGUCCAUCUGGAACUUCCAGAAUUAGAGCUCACACUUGAACGAACUAGUGAAGCUGUCACUCUGCCACCUUGGUGGUCUUAUAAAGGAAAGCGACCCCUAUUCAGAUCUCCAUCUGCGCUCGACCUGCUCAGCCAAGUCGACAGCACUAGACGUGGUAGUUUUGUCACUUUUAUAAGGGACUGUCUUCUCUGCUUUGUCUCUGACUUCCAGCUAAACUGCACUGUGACAACCAUGUGCCACUUGACGACGACGUGCAUUUGUCAAACCCUCCUUUUACAUUAAUUGGCUGGCUCCAACAGCCAUUGACCGCACAAUAACAAAAAAAGGGGUGAGAGAAUGAGCAGACAGCACCGUGGAGACAGCAGCUUUAGCUGGAAGUCAUAACAUGCUGACGCUGGGUGGACAUUUAUUCCUCUCUAGUAUGGCUUAGGAUGCGGUAAAUGUGCAGUUUACUCCUGCCUCUCCCUCAAACAAACAGUCAUUGUAGUUGAGUGGCGAUCACAUGGUCUUAGAAUUUUAGUGCAACUGCAUUUUUAUUUUAUUUUUUUGGAGGGAGAUAUUUUCCUUUUUUUUUUUUUUUUUUUUUUUUUUUUUUUAAUCUUUUUCUUUCCUGGUUCUGGAGUGGAGUUCUCGCUGGUGCUGUUUCCUAUUCUGUGUAGUGCACUGCUAGUUAUCAGCUCCUGUCUGAGAGUUUGUGUGUGAGUGUGUAGCUGCAUAUGGAUGUUAUGCUGAAGCUUAGUGCAUCCUGUAUCAUAUUAGACUUACAUAUUUUCUAUCUGUAUUUUAUAAACUGUAUCAUUCCCACCAAAAGUCCUGGAAUAAAAAGUUGAGCCAUGGA